GGUGAUGGCGGCGCAGGUUGUGUCCCAGGCAGCGGAGUCCGGCCCCCGAAACAGCCCUGGCAGAGGUCGGGUCUUUCGGGGCCGAUUAGCCAAUCAGAUUCCUUCUGAAAUCCUGAACAACCCCCAGCUGCAGGUAGCCAUCCAAGCCCUACCUUCUAACUACAACUUUGAGAUCCCCAAGACCAUCUGGAGGAUCCAACAAGCUCAGGCCAAGAAGGUGGCCUUGCAAAUGCCAGAAGGGCUCCUCCUCUUUGCCUGCACCAUUGUGGAUAUCUUGGAAAGGUUCACAGAGGCUGAAGUGAUGGUGAUGGGUGACGUGACCUAUGGGGCUUGCUGUGUGGAUGACUUUACUGCCAGGGCCCUAGGAGCUGACUUCUUGGUACACUAUGGCCACAGCUGCCUGGUUCCUAUAGACACCUCAGUUCAAGACUUCCGGGUGCUGUAUGUCUUUGUGGACAUCCAGAUAGACACUGCCCACCUCCUGGACUCUAUCCGCCUUACCUUUCCCCCAGCCAGUACCCUUGCUCUGGUCAGCACCAUUCAGUUUGUGUCAACCUUGCAGGCAGCUGCCCAAGAGCUGAAAACUGAGUAUCAUGUGAGCGUCCCACAGUGCAAGCCCCUGUCUCCUGGGGAGGUUCUAGGCUGCACAUCUCCCCGACUACCCAAGGAGGUGGAGGCCAUUGUGUAUCUUGGAGAUGGCCGCUUCCAUCUGGAGUCUGUCAUGAUUGCCAACCCCAGUGUUCCUGCUUACAGGUAUGACCCAUACAGCAAAAUCUUGUCCAGGGAGCACUAUGACCACCAGCGCAUGCAGGCCACUCGUCAGGAAGCCAUAGCCACUGCCCGCUCUGCCAAGUCCUGGGGCCUUAUUCUGGGAACUUUGGGCCGCCAGGGCAGUCCUAAGAUCCUUGAGCACCUGGAAUCUCGGCUCCAAGCCUUGGGACUUCCCUUUGUGAGGCUGCUGCUCUCUGAGAUCUUCCCCAGCAAACUCAGUCUACUUCCUGGGGUGGAUGUGUGGGUGCAGGUGGCAUGUCCACGCCUCUCCAUUGACUGGGGCAAAGCUUUCCCCAAGCCAUUGCUGACGCCCUACGAGGCGGCUGUGGCCCUGAGAGACAUUUCCUGGCAGCAGCCCUACCCUAUGGACUUCUACGCGGGCAGCUCCUUGGGGCCGUGGACUGUGAACCACGGGCGGGACCGAACCCCCCAGGGCCCUGGCCGGCCGGUGUUGGAGAAGGUGCAGGAGGAGUCCACGCGCCCCUCUCCAGACGUGGCUUGCGAAGGCUGCAGCUGCAGAGACGAGAAAGUGGCGCCGCUGGCUCCUUGAGUCGCAGGGCCUUUGCCUCCGGAGGAGCAGCCUCGAGGUUGGUGGUUUUCCGAGCAGCAGGCAGACGUUUUCUCCGCACUGGAAGAGCCUGCAGUGUGCCGGGGUCUGGAGGAAGCUCUG